AUGUUUUAUUGGUAUAAACAGAAGAAAGCUCUCCCUGGUUCAGACAUUGGAGGCUUCACUCGCAUUUUGCAUUCCGGUAAUCCGGACAACUUAGUGGAUGAGAUACCAACAUUUGUCGUUUAUCCUCUUCCCCAAGGUCUUGAUCAGGGUUAUGUCGUCUUGAAUAGACCGUGGGCAUUCGUGCAAUGGCUUGAAAGAGCAACCAUCAAGGAAGACUAUGUGCUAAUGGCUGAGCCUGAUCAUAUAUUUGUUAACCCUAUUCCUAAUUUGGCUGUUGUUGAAGGAUCUCCAGCAGCGUUUCCUUUUUUCUAUAUCACACCUCAAAAGUUCGAGAACAUUGUUAGGAAGUAUUAUCCUGUUGAGAUGGGACCUGUGACAAAUAUAGAUCCCAUUGGCAAUUCUCCUGUUAUCAUAAGCAAGAAAUUACUUGAGAUGAUUGCUCCUACAUGGAUGAAUCCCUCACUGACGAUGAAACACGAUCCAGAUACUGACAAGGCAUUUGGAUGGGUUCUGGAAAUUUUGUUUUCUGUUUUGAUGAGGUAUGGUUAUGCAAUUGCCUCUGCUCUGCAUGGGGUGCGGCACAUGCUUCGGAGGGAUCUUAUGCUUCAGGGUGAGCUGACAUAUGGCAAAAUAGGAGAGUGGCGAUUUGAUAAGAGAUUACAUCUGAGAGGUCCUCCUCCAAGGAACAUCUCUAUGCCGCCUCCCGGUGUUCCAGAAAGUGUGGUAACUCUUGUGAAGAUGGUGAAUGAAGCCACAGCAAAUAUCCCUAAUUGGGAUACACGCUAACUAACUCAGAUCCACAAGACACACAAAAAACCAUAGAAAAGACAAUGAAGCCACACCAUACAGGCAUACACAUCAUAUUUUGCCAAAUGAAAGGUUUUUUUUUUCAUUUCAGUUGAACGAUGAAUCUGGUUUUGAGACUUCAAGAAGUGUUAUAAGCAUAGAUGGUGAAGAUUUACUACUCCCUCUAUUUCAACAUAAGG